CACGAAAUAGACACAUCGACCAAGUUACUAAUGCCAUGAGCCUCUCGCCUCCUUCCGUACUUACAAGCUGGUCAACUUAAUCCCCUUAUUUCUACAAUGUACAGUACUUGCACCUCGCAGAGCGGACAGAAUCUCCAUCUCCUCCAUCUGCCCCACAAUUUCUUCCCUCAGCGCCGCCUGACGUAACAAGCAAACACCACUGGGCAUCCUCCUACCACAACCUUAUCGACGAUCAAAGACACAAUCGAGCCAACCAACCUUAACCAACAAGAACACCUUAAGCUAGGCUCAACAACGACUCAAAAUGAUCGACCACCAAAUCUUCGAAGACCUCCAGUCGAAAAUCGACGAAGAGGCCACCGUCCGCGAUGAACUUCAUGAUAUCGUGCAGACGCUUGCACGGAAGGGACGAUCUACGCAGGCUAUCCUUUCGCGAGCGCACUCUACGCCGGCGGAGCAGUUGAAACCUGUUCUUGACGAUGUGACGAAGGCGAUCCUCGCGCAGCGGGAUGAGGUUGCGCGCUUGAAGACCGUCGCGGAUAGGCACCCUUUCUAUAAAUAUAAUGGCGUGUGGACGCGGGAGCUUCAGAAUUUGGUCUCGUCGAUUGAGCUGUGCGCCUGGCUGGGCGGUCUGGACGAGUACAAGUCUGGUAGCUCGGCCUCGUUCUUGACUAUCGAGGAGGUGGGGAAGUUUCUCGGUGUGCCUGUCAAUCUCAAGGAGCAGGAUGCUUUCCAUUUGACGAUUGAGGAGUACCUACUUGCGCUUAUUGCUAUGGUGGAAGAACUGUCUCGUCUGGCGGUCAACUCCGUCACCCUGGGUGACUACACCCGGCCCAUGCAGAUCAGCAACUUCAUCAAGGAGCUGUUUGCUGGCUUCCAGCUGCUGAAUCUGAAGAAUGAUAUCCUGCGGAAGAAGAGCGAUGGGAUUAAGUACAGUGUCAAGAAAGUGGAAGACGUUGUCUACGACUUGUCGCUGCGCAACUUGAUUCCCAAGGAUGGUCCUGCUGCUUGAUUACAAUAGAUGGCCAUGAUUUUGGUGGGACGGCUCAGUCGCGUCAAGCAUUAUCUGAAGAGUUCAUUACAGUCUGAGACAUAGUAAUCAUUACAAAACAAGGGAUCUCUGUAGGACGAGCAAGUAUCAA